AUGGCCGAAGGGGGCCUCGUGCGCGAUGUGCGCGCGGCCCUGGGCGCCGAGCUGGGGGCCGUUCCCAUCAGUAUAGAGUGGCUCCGCGACACGCAGCUCGCGCACGACGCGUCGCGGCUGGUGCACCAGGUGCGCGCGCAGCUCCUUGCCUCGGAUCUGCACGACUCGCUCGAGCAUGCUCAGAAUACGUGGGACCAUGCGCUUGUGCAGAUCGUCGACGUGCUCGAUGUUGGCGUGUCGGCCCAGUCCCUCUUCGAUACUCUCGAGGCCCGUGCUACUGCGCCUGGGACGCCGUUUGCGCGUGGCAUGCUGCGCUGGCGACUCGGCGAUGGGUUCCAAGAGCCUAUCUGCGCCUACGAACUUGAGCGCAUCCCGUCCCUCGACUUGGACACGCAUCUAGGCACGAAGCUCCUGCUGCACCAGCCGCCCCAGGAGCGCGGCGUGCUUCUGCUGGGCCCAGCGCAUGUGCGUGUCCUUGGCGGUUUUCACCCUGAGUGGGACUCGGCGGCGCUUCUGCAGCAGCGGAUCUGCGGGAUCCUCGGUCGCACGCCGACAUGGAAACAAGCCCGCGCAGCACACGGCCCCCGGCCGGCCGACCCUCCUGCAUGGCCGCACGAGGUGCCUGCUCAACCCACGCACGAGCCUGACAUGCUAUCGGACGACGUAUGGGACGUCGAUGCGGAGCAGGCAUUGCUGGAGGCCGAGGGCGCCCUUGCUACAGCACCGCCCGCUGCAGCGCCUGGCGGGGCACCACCGCGGCGCCCAGCGUCCACGCUGCUACAGCAGCUCGAGCACGUGGCAACGCCAACGCCGCCGACCUCCUCGGCGCCCAGCAUGCCGCCCUGCUCGAACGAGCAGCUUAAGAUACCCACGCGUGGCACGCCUGUGCGUCCGCCCUUUCAGGCCACGAUCAGCCUCGUCUCCUCAGACGACGAGGCGCCUGCCGGACCGCCGACUAUCUGCGUGUCCGACUCGGACGACGAGGCGCGCUGA